AUGUCGAAGGUGGAAGUCAGAGGCAGAUUGAGAGUUAAUCGUAGAAAAGCCCUUCUGUAUGGAGAGCCAAGAACACAUAAAAUUUGUGUUUGGUAUAAUUACUCGCCUCUCCGUUAUAUUAAAGGUUUUCUGACUAUCGGGAUCCCCACUGUCCGUCGACAUGGCGUGGACUACCUUGAGAAGACAAUCUACUCUCUAAUUACGCAUUCAACAGCAUCUCAGCAAAUGUCGAUGGUGGUGAUUAUCUUCAUGGCGGACAGGAACCAAACUUGGACAAAGAUAAGGAGCAAACAAUUAUCCGGAAAAUACCCCAGAUUUAUACAGAAUGGAUUCCUUCAGAUUGUUCAUCCACACGAUCAAAGUAUUUACCCAGAUUUCACCAAGCUCAAAAGAACGUUUAACGACUCGGCCGAGAGAGUAGCAUGGCGGUCGAAACAGAACAUUGAUUACGCUUAUCUCUUCUUGUACAGUGAAAAUAUUUCAAGAUAUUAUCUCCAUCUUGAGGAUGACGUCAUAGCAGCUAGUAAUUAUUAUAAUAUCAUAGGUAAUUUCAUAGGAUCGAAAUUCCAUACACCUUGGUAUUAUCUAGAGUUUUCCCGUAUAGGAUUUAUUGGGAAACUGCUACGAUCUUCUGACCUCUGUGACUUGUCAGAUUACAUGAUGAUGUUCUUUGCUGAACAGCCCUGUGACCUUCUACUUAUUGCCUUAGGUAAAAUCAAAACGCAGUCGAGGAUAACUAUAUCCAGAUCAGUCUUCCAACACAUUGGUGUUGUGUCAUCAUUAACGGGAAAGGUACAAAAAAUAACCGACAGUUACUUCAAAGACUCGUUUAAUUCCAACUUAAAGCACCAUUCUCAAAAGAGACAAUAUCAUGUGAACCCCUCCGCCAAUAUCAUCACUGACAUUGAAGUUUAUUCGAAUCAUAAACCAGUGUAUGCCUAUGACUUAUCAGAUCAUUAUUUCUGGGGGGUCAGUCCUACAAAGGGAAGAUACUUCCGUGUCGUCUUCGGUGCUCCUCAAAACAUCAGCCAUUUAUACAUACACUCUGGUAUCAAAGGAAAGGAGUAUGACAUAGUGCAUGAGGCCAAUCUGUUAGUAUCAACGUCUGGUGACAGACGAGAACCAUGUAAUCACAUGACACUUAUAACAAACUUUACCAAUGGGAACGUGGACACCAAGAAUUCAAAUAUUUCACUUCCGUUAAAUAUAAGCUGCGUUGCUAUUGGGAUCACAGCAGACCACAAAGGAUGGAUAAUUAUUAAAGAGAUCGCCAUAUUCCUUCUGGGCGAAGUUGAAACCCCGGAAUCAAAGAGUAACUCAACGUCCGAAAAGCCCAGCACGCAAAACCUGGCGAGUGGGAUGCAUGAACGACCAUUUAAGCCACAUACCAGUCUGGGAAAGUCAAACAACUCACUGUCAUUUCGACAUUCUAGAGAAAACACUGUUUCUAAUGAUCUCGGUCAAAAUAAUGUACAGAGGUAUAACGAGAGCAGAACAUGGACAUCCCCCAUGUCGUACGAAAGUGAUAACGUGAAUUCUAGUAAUAAUUCAAGUGUCAAACAUUUUGAAAGAGAGCGAGAUACAAAGCAAUCGUCUGGCUUGAACAAUGAAGAAAUGUCUAGUCAGUAAGCGUCAAACAACAUUACAACAGCGUCCAACAAAUGGACGCUACUCAGAUAGGUUUUACUUCCACCGGAAUUGAUAAGUUUUCGCCAAGUCGAUCCCCCAACAACAAUAUAGAAAUAAAUAGAACUUUACUUUGUAAUGACUGUAAACCUGUAUAUGCAUAUUAUUCAUCUUUAGAAUUAUAUUGCUGGUGAGUUUAUCCGAAAACAGGCAACAUUUCUUGAUGUUACUGAAUUCUCUGCAAAGUAUUAGCCGUAUCUUCAUCGACAUCGGUUAAGAUGGAAAUGAAUCCAACAUUCUGUAAAAAGCUAGACUUACAGUAUCAUCUAGGGCACCUGGCGUUGGAGAAAGGAAAUGAAAAAGGCUCAAAGAAAUUGGCAACCUUUCAAAUUUGUGAUAUCGAUACCAAAAUUCCUAAAACUUGCACAAACAUAGACUGUUUUGUUGAAAUAACGCCUGAUCAAAAGAACUGUGUCAUCAUCCGAGUGAUUGCAGUAUUCCUGCCUGGUGAUUUGGAGACAAAUGGACAACGACGUCAAAUUUCAUCAAACACGAAAUGAAAGUAGUAGUGUUUGAAUAUAGAUACUAAAAAGAAAUGAAACUUCAAAUCUACCUUCGAAGCUGUCAAAUGGACCAGCUUAGGACACUGGUCUAGUUUAAUUGUCGCCACAGCAGUAGUAUCCAUCACGACUUACUAACCGAAAGAAGUUUCCCUAUUGGACUUGCCCCCGAAUCGUCAACAAACUCAGAAAAUUAAUAUACAGUGUACAAGAUUGGAAUAUUACAGAAAAUGAUGUAUCAAGCGACAUGGGCAACAAUGUCAGAGGUGGAAGGAACAUUUCAAAGAACAUUUAGAACCAACGAUAUUUUCGCGAACGAUACAUCACGACACUAAGCAUUAAACGCCACACUGUCAGAAGUGUUAAACGGUUUCCUUAUAUUUGAGCAAUUUGCAUGAGACACCAGAAUGUUUAGAUUUGGGAAGUUUGGUACUCGUGUGGCGAGAGAGAGCCCCUCUG